AAAUUUCUUGUUAAUGUUUGUGUAAUAGAGACUUUUGUUUUUUAAAAGUUUUGUAAAAAAAGCUAUAAGUUCUCACAAAACAUGGGCAAGAAAACAAGUCCACUGGGUGGGAAAAAAGGCAUUCAACUUGGAAGAGCAAUCAUUAAGGAUCGCUUUGGCAAAGGAAAAGGCAAAAGUCGUAAAGGCGAUCCAACUAUGUUACAUACAUCAGAACUUGAUGAUGGGUAUGACUGGGGUCGUCUGAAUUUGCAGUCUGUGACAGAGCAAAGCCAAUUAGAUGAAUUUCUGGCAACAGCAGAACUAGCUGGAACUGAGUUUGCAGCAGAGAAACUUAAUGUUACAUUUGCCAAAACACAAGCAACAUAUGGCUUGCUAAGUGCAGAGGAGAAAUCUAAGGUUAAGCUUGCCCAAGCGCAGAAUGCAGCUAACCUUAAAAUACCAAGACGACCAUUGUGGGACAGAACAACUAGUGGGGAGGAACUACAACAACUUGAAAGAGAAGCUUUUCUGGCAUGGAGAAAGGGUCUUUCAGAAUUGCAGGAAAUCGAGGGUGUGACCCUAACACCUUAUGAGAAAAAUUUGGAUUUUUGGAGGCAAUUGUGGCGUGUGAUUGAGCGAAGCGAUGUGGUUGUCCAGAUUGUUGAUGCUCGAAAUCCCAUGUUGUUCCGUUGUGAGGAUCUAGAACGAUAUGUGGUGGAAACCAGUCAAGAAAAAAUGAAUUUGAUUUUAAUUAAUAAGGCCGAUUUUUUGAGUGAAAAACAGCGUCAGCUCUGGGCCGAAUACUUUGAUAGCAUUAAUUUACCCGUGGCUUUUUUCUCGGCAUUAGAAGAGAAUCAAAACAACCAGUUACGCAAAUUAAAACUGUUGGAAGAAGAAGAAGAAAUAACUGAAGAAGAAAUAGAAGGUGAAGGUGAGUAUGAAAAUGAAGACGAAGAGGAAAACGAAGAGGAAGAGGAAAUCGAAGAGGAAGACGCACAUGAAGAGGAUACGAAUGUGUGCGAAGAUGGAAACCAAAAUGAUAAGCAGGAUGAAAAAUGCUCUGCUGUAAAAAACAAACCUGAUACUAACCAACAAAUAACUGAGAAGAAAAUAUCGACAUCAGUGGAGCAGGCGAAAGAUACUAAAAAUAGCUUGCCAAUAAAAGAUCAAAGUGAUCCACUCAAAAUAGGCAGUCCAACUAAAAACAGUACUCGAUUACUCUCUGGGGCGGAGCUCGUGGAACUGUUCAAGAACAUUCACAAAGGAAGAAAAGUUCAAGAAGGGCGAUCAGUUGUUGGACUUGUGGGAUACCCUAAUGUCGGCAAGAGUUCCACCAUCAACUCUUUACUCACGUACAAGAAAGUGUCCGUCUCGGCUACUCCCGGGAAAACUAAACAUUUUCAGACCAUAAAUAUAGAUGACGAUUUGAUUCUCUGCGAUUGUCCUGGAUUAGUAAUGCCUAGUUUUGUUUCAACUAAACACGAAAUGGUCAUUUGGGGCAUUCUUCCUAUCGACCAAAUGCGAGAUCAUGUUGGACCAGUAAACUUGAUCGCUUCUCUUAUCCCUCGCUCCAUUCUGGAAUCAACCUAUGGCAUCUUCAUUCCAAAACCCAGUGAAGGGGAAGACGCAAACCGAUCCCCAACUUCCGAGGAGUUACUUAAUGCCUACGGAUUUAUGAGAGGCUUUAUGACGGCGCGAGGCUUACCAGAUAAUCCACGUGCGUCGCGAUAUAUUCUGAAAGAUUUCGUUCAGGGUAAAUUGCUCUAUUGCAAUCCACCUCCAGAAACAGACGCAAGUGAAUUUCAAGAAUUUACUCGAGCUAAUAGAAGCAGACCGCUUAAACCAACUGCAACUCCAACACCCUUCCAGUUGAGAGUUACCAAGACUAAUUACAACAAUUCCCAGUCAAUUGACCAGGCAUUUUUUAGCCAAUCUCUAUCGACCGCACACAGUAAAGGUCGCGCAUCUACCCCAGGUGAAACUCAUACAAAAGGAGUUACCGCAAACUUGAAUUUUCCUGGUUCAUGCAGUAACCUGAAUGAGCUUGGUGAUAAACCUUGGAAGAAGCACAACAAGAAGCAUAAGCGCGAAAAGCUUCGGAGAGUGUAUGCUCACUUGGAUCAGUGAGCUUGUGUAUCAAUUACUGGAAAUACAAUUUGAUGGUCAUGUG